AUGCCACAAGUUCUAGGAAUGCCAGAAAUCCCAAAAAUGCCUCAAGUACCAGGAAUGCCACAGAUUCCAGAUUUUCCAGGCUCACCGUUCAAGUUUCACUCCAAGUCUCAGACAAAUAACAGGCAGUCAAUUCCUGGAUGCCCAAGAAUGCCAGAAAUUCCAGAAAUGCCUGAAUUUUCAGGAAUGCCCCAAAUCCCAGGAAUGCCAGAAAUUUCAGGAAUGCCACAGGUACCUGAAAUCCUAGGAAUGACACAGGUCCCAGGAAUACCCCAAAUACCCGGAUUCCCUGGUUCAUCUUUCAAGUUUUACAAGAGGUCCGACAAGAGCCUAAAAGACAAAAGGCAGUCUAUCCCUGGAAUUCCAGGAAUGCUAGAAAUUCCAGGAAUGCCUGAACUCCCCGGAAUGCCCAAAAUUCCAGGCAUGUCAGAACUUCUAGGAAUGCUACAAGUACCAGGAGUGUCAGAAAUACCAGGAAUGCCACAAGUACCAGGAAUGCCAUCACAAUAUUAA